AUGAAGCGAGCGCAUCGGCUUCUGCCGCAAAGCCCAUCGCUCCUCCUCCACACCUCAUCUCCUCGAUCACGACCACCCCCUCCCGUCGCCGCCGGCCGCCGCGCCCUCUCCCUCCUCCAGCACCACCACCUCAAGCCCGCACACUCCUCCUCGCCGCCGUUCGUGCACUACGACUUCGCCGCCGCCGUGCAGGAAGAGCACCGCGCGCGCUUCCUCGCCUGGAAGGCCGCCGGCGAUUCCUCGCCCGCGCCCCGUCCGCAGCUCCUCAGCUUCCAGGCGCUGCCCACCUACACCCUCGGCCGGCGGCAGCCCGCGCCCUCGCCCGCCGCCGCCGCCCGCCUCGCCCGCCCGCUCACCGUCGACCACGCAAAGUCUCGAUACCAGUACACGCCCUCGGUGCGGCAGACCAGCCGCGGGGGGCUGACCACCUACCACGGCCCCGGGCAGCUCGUCCUCUGGCCCGUGCUGGACAUGCGCUCCGCCCGGCUCGGCGUGUCCUCGUACGCGCGUCUCCUCGAGGACGCCACGCGCGCGCUGCUCGCCGCGCGCUUCGCCCUCGACACGUACACCAACCCGGAGGAGCCCGGGGUGUGGGUUGCGGGGGGCCGGGAGCGCAAGAUCGCGGCGCUGGGCGUGCACCAUCGACGGCACGUCACCGCGCUGGGCGUGGCGCUCAACGUGCACGUGCCGGUGGCGGGCGACGACGAGGGGGUCAACCCGUGGGCGCGCUUCGUGCCGUGCGGCUUGGAGGGGAAGCUGGUGACGUCGGUCGCGGCGGAGACGGGCAGGGAGGGCAGGGAGUGGAGGGAGGCGUGGGCUACGGAUAUGGAGGGGCUGGCGGAGGAGUGGGCGGCGCGGUUCGAGGAGGGCUUGCUCAAGGGGUGA